GUUUUGUGAGUUUUAUCGAAUCGAAAGAAACAGUGGCAACCCUAAACAGAUUUCGCUUUGACAAAAAAAAUUGCUGGCACUAAAGGAUGAUUCGCAAAGAACGUUUUUUCAUCUGUGUGACCAACAUUUUUAACUGAAUAGCCCAACAUUGCAAAUUCCGCAAAUGAAUAUGUCGUCUUCAGAAAAAGAAUGCCCAAUUGGGAGCCCAUCGCAGCCAUCUUGCAGUAAUGACAAUGCAGUUUCAUGUACAAAAUCAACCAAAUUGAGGGCGCCGUGUGUUGAAUCAAACACAAAUCAGAACUUGACUCACGAUGUAAGCAUGAUGAGAUCCAAAUCCCCUAAUAAAAAGAAAAAGUACGUUGAUGAUACGCAUGCUUUGGCGACUGGAAAAGAACUUCAGAUGCAGGCAUUUUCAAAUAAUGAAGUCGAUGCCAUCUGCAAAAAAGAUGGACAUCCAGAUAUACUUGAUGUUUCUACUAAGGAAAAUUUAAAUCUGAAUAUGAACGUGCAAGACGCAAAACGAGAAGAUGGGGAACAACCGCAAACUUUAUUAAAAAAAAAAGAUAUUCUAAUCAAUAUUAAGGGUGAGAUCAUAUCAUCCGAUAAAAAUAAGAGUGAAAAUACCACGGAAAUUGCUCAAAGUAUAAAUAUAAAAGACGACCCAACUUUAAAUGAAGAUGGGUCUCAAAACAAUGUAAAUGUUAAAAAAGAACAUUUUGAACUCGAGCAAGAAACGAUGUAUAAAGUUGAGGAAAUUGACGAAUGUGCAGAAAACUCUGAACGAUUGACUUUUAUAAAGAGCGAAGUCAAAGAAAAUGCCAGGGAAUGUGGUGAAUACGGUAUCGUUGCAAAGGAAGAGCUGUCGAAUCAAUCCGUUAAGGAAGAACUGGAAGAUGGCGAGGUCUCCGCCGAUGAUGAAAACGAUAAGUCGACCGCCACGUCUCUCGACACACAAAAUAUCUGUCGUUUUUUCCUACGCAAGGCUUGCACUUGGGGCAGUAAAUGCCGUUUCGAGCACCCCACCUCAAAGGAUUAUGGCAACUAUGUUAUGUUUGAAAAGAAGGAGCUUCCAGUGUCUUUCCCGCCCGUAGUGUAUUCUCCAGCGUGGGCAGCGUACUCCUCCAAUAUUACGACCAGUUUGGAAAACUCUUUCGACAGCAAUUUGCUAUCCGUGAAACAAAUGAUGCAAAAGGCGGGUUAUUUUCCUCCUACUCUAAAUCGAAAAUUUCAAGAGUCACCAGCAAUGACUUUUAGUUUCAACAACAGUGCAUAUUAUUAUCCGCAGAAUCAGCCCAGUUCCCCUGGGGAGCGCGUUACCCUUCUGCCAACACCAUCGACCUCAGUCUCGGAAAUCAAAAUUCCACGUGCCUCGACGCCACUUCGAAAAUCAAGAAGCCCAAAAUUGCUUCCUAACCAUCAUCAAAAAGCCGCUGAUGAGCGGAUGCCAUCGAAGAGUCGUAAUUCGAAAAGAAAGUCUAGAAGAAGCAGAAGUAGUAGCAGCAGCAGCUCUUCUAUAUCAAGUUCGGAAUCUUCGAGCGAUCCUCAAGCUAGCGGUCGAAGCCAUCAGCGUAAGAGCAGGUAUUUCACUUCCAAGUCAAUGAAAACCCGAUGCCAACGGAGCCACAUCCGGGGACCCCGAACACCCUCUCUUAGCCCGCCACGUGCUUCAGCGCGCAACGUAAUAAAUGCUCCACGGAAGAGACGUUUGAUAAGCAGCAGUUCUUCAAGCUCCAAAGAUUCAUCUUCGACUUCCUAUGACUUAUCAACUUAUAAUUCAUCAUCUAGCGAAUGCAACAAAAAUCGUCGCAAAACCAAAAAAAAAACUUCGUCUAGAAAGUCUUCUGCCAGAGCUUCUGCAGGCAAAUCCAAAAAAAAGGAUGGAUGGAAAAGCGGCAGGUCUAAAAAGUCGCGUCAAGAAUACUUGUUAAUGAAGCUCUUACUUGUUGAAGAUCAAAUUGCAAAGAGAAGAAAUAUGCAGUAACUUGACAAUGCUGAUGUCUCACAUCACAGAACUCGGAAUUUUCUUACAUCUAACACACAUCUAAAUUUAAGAAUCUCAUACUGUAGCCGUUUAAUAAGAAAAAUACCUUAUGAAUUAAGUCGUUGGAAUUGAUCAAUUUAAUUUGUGUGAACAUCUUGUAUCCGUGAGCGGUGGGCAGAGGACGGAGAAGCACUGCAAGGCAUAAACCACAACAACGCCGACCCCAACCAAGCCGACUGCAGUCCCAGACAACAGGCAAGACAAAGUUAUACAAUGAUUGCAAUAAGCGAGCGCAUCUGUGGCAGUUCCUUUCGGUUUAUGUGCAUGUUAACGCUCUGUCGGCUCUGGCUCAUGCUACGUGACUCCAACCCCUAACUCCCCUGCAAAACUUAAGAUCUGUGGUCGCCGUCUGCCUUGCCAGAAGGCAACCAGCCUGCAUUGCCAGCUGAGCCAAAUGGCCGCAUCGCUUGGAUGUUGUUUGCUAUCCUUGCUGUUGUGUCGUCGGCGCCGUCGUCCUGGUGGAACAAUUACAUGGUUUUGCCUAAUGAAUUUAUCUGCUCAUCAGCAUCUCUACAGAGUUGCCAUGGGUUUGGCCAUGGCCCCUGUUCACUUUUGUUUAUACGUUUGUGUGGGUGGCCUUCUGGUGGUAGCGACACAGUAAAUUUUAUGUAGAUUUCCUUACACGAAUUAUGCUCAUUCGCCUGCUUGGCGUACACUUUGUGAUGCCUCUGUUUCUAAUGGCUCCUUCCCUCACCAUGUGUAUGUGUGCGCAAAGUUUAUCGAAAACAAAAACAAAACGGCAGUCAUAUUCUUUUCACUAGCAUCAGAGCAAAUAAAUCAUCAUCGAUUCUAAAAUAUCACGCAGAAAAUGUUAAAACGGUGUGGUGUAAGAUUAUAAUUUUAGUCGUCAGUAAUCGAGUCAAAGUUCAUCGGAUCGACGUUUGACUCAUUUCUAUUUUAAUGGCCUAAGCUGUUUAUAAGAAUUCAUAAUCAUAAUUGUAUACCACAAAUGUAGUAUUUGUCUUAAACUUGAAAGAAAGCUACGAUGAAAAUAAAUAUUUUACAUUCUUUGUCCAAUUUA